GGUAUUUACACCUUUUAGAAAUAGAUGACAACUCGCAUCCUAUACAUGGGAGUCUUGAAAAACUGAAAAAGGAGAUUGCUGCACUCAAUUGUCUACCAACAACGACUACGUGCCCCAACCAGAGAGCUGGCAAAGAGUCGACAUCUCGGGAAAAGUCGGCUGACCGUCGCUGUCAAACAGGGGUUGCAGUAGGGAGCAGCUUGACCUGUCAACACCAACAAAGGACACAUGGAACUAUCCAGAAUGUUUGACUGACGAGGAAAUGCUGCAGGCGGUCUGUGACUAUGAAGAAGAGAGUACUGCAAUAGGAGCAACAUCGGCAGAGUGUGUAACCCCAUUUCAACAAAACAGAGCAGGUAUACCCACAGAACCCACGGUGGUGAUUGUGCACCCGAGGGACACCGCUAACCCCUUAUAUGUAGAGUUGAUAAAUGAAAUCAGUGAACUGCGUCGUUCCAACACCGCAUUAAAAGAGAUAGUAACCGAUCUAUGUAAGAAACAAGAGGCUAGACAAACACAGGACGCCAACGGCUGUUCCAUAAAACAAUACCUGAUAGCUCAGAAUGCAUCCAGUGAAGCUAUCAUAGCUCUACUUACAAAUAAAUUUUAUCCAAGGUAAUCUACUAGGCAUGGUGUCUAUAAGGGGUGGUGUCUAAAUAAACAAUACAGACGUGUAGUAUGCCUCCCCCCAGAAAAGUUUUGAAGAGGGGCACGGGUGAUAUACAUCGAUCAGGGGAUAACCAUAAUAAUAAUGAUGAUGGGUAUAGGGUCCUGUUACAGAAUACAGAGAAACAGCUUAAAAGCCUACAUGCACUGGUGGAGAGAUCGCGCGUUGAUGCUGCUGCUGCUGCUGCUGCUGCUGCUGCAUACGCUGCAGAAGCUUUUCAUGAUGUUGACAGAAUUCAUUAUACAAAACAACAUUCAUCGUAUCUAGAUAGCGGCUAUGUAGACUUGGUCAGUGUCCUAGACCCAGGGUUUAAUACCACAGGCGCAAAUAGCCACGUGUUGGAUCAUGCAGACGGCCCACUUGUGUACACAGACAAUGAUGCAGGGGCUGGGGGGUGUGUGUUGGCAGAAAUAUGUGACGACCGGCUGAAUCAGAUGGGGGCAAAUGGAGAUGUGGAGCAUGAACAGGGUGUUGGGGGGCCUGCUGAGGGUCAAGAGGGAUGGUCAUGGGAGCAGGCCCGAACAGAAGGGGGGCAUGAUGAUACACUAACAGGAGGAGGAGGGGAGAUAAUGAGGGGGGGUGAGACCUCCUCAGGCAUAGAGGGAAGGACAGUCACCAUGAGAGAGAUGCCUUCAUUCAAUGCAUUUGAGCUUAGACAAAGGGUUGAUUUCAGAAACGUGGAUCUUACUGACGUCGAGCAAAUCCCCUACAUGGUCAGAGAAAGAGUGGCGGGUGUAAUUGAUAGAGCUGUAGAGGCCUCUCCAGCUGGUAGUGUGCUGAACGUUUUGUUACGGGGCCCUUCAUUGGCUAGUGACAUACAAGCUGUUCUACGUGUAAACGAGUCGUACAACUCUGACUUGUUUAUGGAGCAAAUUGCACAAGUGAUACAGAGCAAUGAUGAGACUAUAACGGAUGAUGAAUUGCUAAAAAUAGAAACGGUGGGGGUUAUCUAAAAUUAGCAAAUGUCCCAUAUGAUGUGAUAUUAUCAAAGAAGGGUCGGUUUCUGCACACCCCUGACAAUACUGAUAAUAACCUGUGCUUUUCGCUCUGUUUAGCACAUUUUAAUCAUCCAGACAUGUCCCUGCAAGAUAAAGUGAGAUUUGCAACUCAACUACAUAGUUCGUUGGGUUUUGGACCAAUGCACAAGGUCUCAUUCUCCGAUGUAGAUGCUUUUGAAAGACAUCUGGGUGUGAAAAUCAUAAUCUUCCACCAUGCAGCAGCAGGUCGUAAACGACUUCAGUGUUUCCAAACCCACGAUGCGCCUCAUCCCCGGACAGUCUGGUUAUAUCUACACAAUGACCAUUAUCACCUGAUUGAAAACCAGCAAGGCUUUUUUGGGGCAAAACAAGUAUGCCAGUAUUGCUACCAAGCCUAUGAACAUCGAUUAUACCACAGCUGUGAACAGCUGUGUAAUGUGUGUUUUACAUUAGAGUGUCGUACACAGUUGGGUAAAACACAGAAAUGCGGUGAUUGUAAACGCAUAUGUAAGUCGAAAUAUUGUUUUGAUCAGCACAAGCGGCCAGAAAGCGUCCAUGCCCUCAUCCCCUGUGAUGCUAUGAAAUACUGUGAGGCAUGUGGAAAAACAUACAAAGCAGGACAAAAAGCGCACAAAUGCGCUCCAAAAGUCUGCGCCCACUGUGGUGAGCAACAGUUGGAGAGCAAUGAUAAACAUGAGUGUUUUAUUCAGCCUCUUGAAAAGAAAGAGCCGCAAACAACCUACAUAUUAUUUGACUUUGAGACAAGGUUUCAUAAAGGAAAACACGAGGCAAAUUAUGUAUGUGCUAUGGAUUUAGAGGGAAAAAAGUUUUGUUUCAGUACUUUGAAUUGUGUGGACACCUUUGUGAAGUAUUACAGAAGACCUAGAUACAAAGGCUACACGUUUAUCGCCCACAACGCAUCCGGCUUUGACAACUAUAUUCUGUUGGAAUAUUUUGUAAAACAAAAGAUCACUCCGCAAGUCACCAUGAGAGGGAGUAGGGUAAUACUGAUGUAUGACAUUUCAUAGCGGCAGAGAUGGAUUGACUCAUUCAGUUUCCUGCCCAUGCGAUUGUCAAAACCCCCCGCUGCCCUAGGGUUCAGUGAUGUCGAGAAAGGCUAUUUUCCCCACAAGUUCAACACCCGGGAGCAUGAGUAUUAUGUCGGUAAAUAUCCUGAUCCGUCCUACUACGGCUUUGACGAUAUGAGUGAUAGCGAUAAAGCGACAUUCAUGGAAUGGUAUAAUGCCGUUUCAGGAGGAACAUUUGACUUCCAAAAAGAAAUCGGACGCUACUGUGUUAACGAUGUAGAAGUGUUGCGAAAAGCCUGCACCAUCUAUCGGGAGACAUUCAUAGAGUGCACGGAGCUUGACCCCUUCUCAUUUACCACCCUAGCAUCCAGCUGCAUGGGGGUGUUGAAAACCCUGUUUCUCCCAAAGGACACAGUUGCUCUAACGUUUGAGGGGGCAUACACUGCUCAGAAUAAGACGUAUUCUGAUGUAUCGAUGCAAUGGCUUGAAUAUGUGGCCCUCACA